AACAGUGCGAGACUCUCAUUUGGACCUGUAUAGUCAGUGUCACAUUUGUUGUCUUUUGAGUCCAGUUGGAUCCGUUUGUACAACUUCGCUUCGCGGACUGUUCUCUCCGAUAUUUAUUGUCUAACAUUCACGAUGACAAGAGCAAAUAUUGGUGAGGCAGCUCUGUCCCAUUAGUAAAAUGUACCAUGCAACUCCAAUCCAACCUCCACCUUUAAGUAUCCUCUGUUAAUGACCUUUAAACGUUAAAGAAUUCAUGACUUCAUAUUAAUCGCUUCGGGGAUGAAAAAUGUUGAUCCUGUCAAGUGCUGCAUUUUUUGUUUUACAGUAUUUUCGUUAGUGCUGCGAGUCUCAUAGCGGAACUAUGAUGCGACCGACAAAGGUUCUGCACGAAAGCACUCCCGCUGCAACAGGAAGUUCUUUAUACGGAAGUUGUGUUUUCUUUGUGUAUCCCGAUUUAUGGUUGUUUUACUCAGGAAAACACCACUUAAUUUUAUCAUUUUGUGCCUUUUAACGUGGCAGUUUCACCGAUUUGUAUUAUGCAUUGCUGGAUCUCUGUCAAGGAGGUCAAAAUCAGCACGGGGUAUGGACGAGCAGAAAUCAAACUGCGAAGAGAAUGACUCUGAACCAACAGCUGAUGACAGUGCCCCUUCAAAGCAGCUUGUUUCCACUGAUGAGUCCAUAGCCCUUCUUGCUGCUGAGGAUGUGUCUGGUGCAACUUCAGCCUCUUCCAGCACACCUGUAGAGAACGUUCGAGCCUGUGCGCUUUGUAAUUGUGUGGAGCGUAGCCUGCAUGGACAGCGGGAAUUGAGACACUUUGGGCCAUCGUCUGAGCAGCUGACCUUCAAGCCAUCAGCUUCUCCACUGCCUCAACCUGGGAAUGAUGACCUGUCUUCCAUUGGAUUUUCCGACCUCCCCUGUCUGGCGGCACUCUUUGACGACUCAGGGGGCUGUUGGGUUCAUCACUGGUGUGCGGUGUGGUCGGAGGGAGUGAAGAGGAUGCAGAAUGAGGAGCUGGAGAACGUGGAUAAGGCCGUUAUCUCAGGGACACAGCGGCUUUGCGAAUACUGCAAAAGGCUGGGUGCAACCAUUCGAUGCCACGCCGAGGGCUGCUCACGGUUCUACCACUUCCCCUGCUCAGCAGCCAGUGGAUCCUUCCAGUCCAUGAAACAGUUGUUCCUCCUCUGUCCAGAGCACAUAGACAAGGCAGAGGAGUUAGCACGCGAGGAGGCUUGGUGUGCAGUGUGUGACUCACUGGGGGAGCUCACGGACUUGCUGUUCUGUACGGGUUGUGGCCAACAUUAUCAUGCGGCUUGUCUGGAGAUUGGUGCCACGCCCAUCCAGCGGGCAGGAUGGCAGUGCCCAGAGUGUAAAGUGUGCCAGACUUGCAGACAACCAGGAGAAGACUCGAAAAUGCUGGUUUGCGAUGCCUGUGACAAGGGCUACCACACCUUCUGUCUCCAGCCAGCCAUGGAUUCUCUUCCCUCUGACCCAUGGAAAUGCAGAAGGUGUCGUGUAUGUACGGAGUGUGGUGUCCGUGGACUGGUACUGCCAGGUUCAGCCCAGUGGUUUGACAACUAUGCUGUGUGUGAGGCCUGCCAGCGUCAGCGCAGCUCUACAUGCGGCGUGUGCAGCAAAGCUGCCAACCCGUCUGUCGCUCUGCAGUGCUGUAGCAUGUGCCACAGGUGGGUGCACAGUGAGUGUGCUUUGCCAGGGGAGCUUCCAGAAGCCAAGUGCAUUUGUCUGCUUUGCAAGGAGCAGCAGCCUGUCACUCAGCCAUACACAGCAGAGAUACAAACCAGAGAGGCAUCUGAGGAGAGUGAAGGACAUGUGGAAAUGGUGGAGAUGACAAUCCAAACAAAUGCAGACAUAGUGACAAAAGAGCACACAGACUUAUCAGAGGUGCCACCAGGACAGAGAGACGCAUCAGAGAUGGGUCAGGCUGAAGCCACGAAAGAGACACUCAUGGAAUUGGAUUUAGGGGUGGAGUCUACAGUUGUUGAGGCAACAAAUGUUGGGGAGAGGAUCAUGGGGGAAGAGCUGAAAGUAGCAACAGAAGAACUCCCUUCUGAGGCACCUGCUGCUCCACUUGAGUCUACAGAAUGUGCAACAACAGAACAGGGGCCCUCUUGUCUGCCUGCUGAUGAAGAGAGAGCAGAAGAGGUAGUCAGCCUGGUGACACAAGUCACCCCUUCCCAGGACCCCAUAGUAGAGAAACAGUCCAACAACCCUAAAGUAGAAACACUGGUGUCACAGCAGAUCCAUGAACAUAUGGAGGUGGAGAAAGAGGAGGAGAAGGAGACCACUCCUUCAGUGGAACAAGAAGCACCAGCAAAGUUAUUAAGCUGUGACUCUGAUGGUAUGAUGAUCACAGAACCAUUCAGGAAGGAUCCACCAAAGUUACCAGCUUCUCCUGCUAAUGUGGAAAAAGCAGAGCUCUUGCCCAUGGAUAAUGAGCAGAAAAGUCCUUGCCAGGACCACCAGUCUCCCUCUCCUCUUUCUUUAUCAGUAGAUACACAAGAGGUCAUCUCUGCUGUGGACAUGGAAGGGAGAUUACUACCUCACUCUGAGGAGGAGGAAGAAGAAGAGGAUGAUGAGCCAAUGAAAGGAGAAGAACACAACAUGGAUAUAAAGCAGGAACUGCAGGAGCAAGAGGUUAAGCCGGAAUUGCUGCUGGAUGAGAUGUCCAAUAUGAGCCAUGGAGAUGAGAGCAGCAGUGGCUUUAUGGGCUCUCCAGGAGAGCCCGAUCCACAGCUCUCUAUGGAACUUGGCCUUGUACCUGUUGGCCGCUCACACACGGAUAACCUGCUCACUGAGACUGAUGAUUCGCUUCCCUUCGAACCUCUCAGAAGUGACAGAGAGAAGGUGAAACGCAGAGGGUCCCCAGGUCGUUCACGGGUCAAACAGGGGCGAGGCAGUAGUUUCGCUGGGAAACGUAGACCUCGAGGGGGUGGCGGAGGUAGAGGACGUGGUGGGAGGUCCCGCCUCAAAGCCAUGGCUUCCUGCAUUGAUGCCUUCUUGCUAAGCAUGACAUCAGACACUGGAAUAACUAAGGAGGAAGAUGAUGAGGAAGAUGACACCAUGCAGAACACAGUUGUUCUUUUCUCAAACACUGAUAAGUUUGUCUUGCUCCAGGAUAUGUGUGUUGUGUGUGGCAGUUUUGGAAAGGGUGCAGAGGGGCAGUUGUUGGCUUGUGCUCAGUGUGCCCAGUGUUACCAUCCUUACUGUGUGAACAGCAAAAUCACCAAGACGAUGCUCCGUAAGGGCUGGCGCUGCUUGGAAUGUAUUGUGUGUGAGGUGUGUGGAAAGGCCUCGGACCCCUCCCGACUGCUGCUGUGUGAUGACUGUGAUGUCAGUUAUCACACCUAUUGCUUGGACCCACCCUUGCACAAUGUUCCCAAGGGUGGUUGGAAGUGCAAAUGGUGUGUGUGCUGUGUGCAGUGUGGUUCCAACUCACCAGGUUUCCACUGUGAGUGGCAGAACAACUACACCCACUGUGGCCCCUGUGCCAGCCUCGUCACUUGUCCAGUUUGCAGAGAGAACUUCAUGGAGGAGGAGCUGUUGCUGCAGUGUCAGUACUGCGAUCGAUGGGUUCAUGCUGUCUGUGAGAGUUUGUACACAGAGGAUGAGGUGGAACAAGCUUCUGAUGAAGGCUUUGCAUGCACAUCCUGCACCCCAUAUGUUCCAAAACCUGUGGUAGUAGAGUCGGCCAUUAUGGCUUCGAUAAAGAUCAAAGAGCCAGAACCCCAGUUUUACCGGUUGGAGGGUGUAUGGCUGACGGAGUCGGGUAUGUCCCUGCUUCGCAGCAUCUCUAUGUCACCCCUGCACAAGAGACGGCAGCGUCGCUCCCGUCUUGGCACUCUGUGUGGUGAAGUAGGUCCUGAUGGAAUGGAUCUGAGGGAGGCUGAUGGAGAUGGGGAGGAGGGAAAAGGGGAGCCCAUGGAAUGUGAAUCCAAGAUGGAGAACCUAGGGAGCCCUGACAGAGAAGGUGAGAAGGAUGCAGGGGCAGAGGGAGCUGAAGGCAUAGCUGACUGCGAGGGUCUCAAAGGAGGAGCAGAAGAGACUGAGGAUAGCAAAAAAAGAAAGCGAAAACCUUACAGGCCUGGAAUUGGAGGCUUCAUGGUGCGACAAAGAAAGUGCCACACACGGCUGAAGAAAGAAUUUUUUGCCCAGCUCGCUGGAGAGACUAUGCUAGAUGGACAGCCAAUAGAGAGAACCAUUGAUGAAGGACCUCACCCUGACACAGAUAACAUAAUGGAUCCUAAACCAGUGGAGGGCGAGGAGCAAGCCAAGAAACGUCGAGGGAGGAGGAAGAGCAAGCUUGAGGACAUGUUUCCAUCUUAUCUUCAGGAGGCUUUCUUUGGGAAGAAUCUAAUAGACUUGAGUAAGAAAGCUGUGAUGAUACCUCCAGGGCAGAGGCCAGGCGCAGGCCUUGUCCGACCUUCAUUACCAGCACCGCCAGGGCUCAAAACUACUGCCCUAGAGACUGAUGCCAAGGAUUUUGUGGUGAAAGACAGUUUUCCUCUCAAGCAAGAGGGGGGUGAGGUCCCCCAGGCUCAGGGAGAAGGUGCAGGAGUCCCUGCACCAGCCUCAUUGCUGACGGACCAGGCAUCAACUGAUCCUCAUGACUCUGAUGCAGAAAAAAGUGAAGGUCUUCCGCAAGGGGUGGAGAGUCAGGACUCUGAGCAGUUCUUCAGGAAGGUUCUGGGAGUGUCAGAUGGCUCCUCUUUGGGAGGAAUGAAGCCCAUCUUGGAGGGCAGUAAGGGAGAACUCAGUCGUAGUGCUCUGCCACAGAGAUCUCUCAUUUCAGGGUCCCUGCCCUCGGCUGGAAUGAUGGACGCCUUUCCUGGCCUCUCUCAGUCACCGUUUUUUGACAUGCGGGACCGAGGGGGACUGUUCAGUCCAGAAGGUGGUGAGGAGAGCCCCUGGGCCACUCCCUCUACCCCAGCAACCCCCUCCUCCCCACCAACCCCCACUGAGGGAGAGGGUGAUGGGCUGUCCUACAACCAGCGCAGCCUCCAGCGCUGGGAGAAAGAUGAGGAGCUGGGAGAACUUUCAACCAUUUCCCCUGUUCUUUAUGCCAAUACCAACUUUCCCAGUCUCAAACAAGACUACCCAGACUGGGCUAGUCGCUGUAAGCAAAUCAUGAAGAUCUGGAGGAAGGUGUCCGCUGCAGACAAGGUUCCAUAUCUGCAAAAGGCCAAAGAUAACCGAGCAGCUCAGAGGAUCAACAAGGCACAGAAACAGGCAGAGAGCCAGGUGUGCAGGCCAAUCAAGACAGAGUCGGGGCGUGUGAAGGGUGAACGACCCAGUUUACACCUCCAGAUCCCUCCGCCCUCAGGCUCUACAUCAAUCUCUUCCCAGCCCAGCUCAGCAGAAAGCCCAUUUCCCUUCCCUCCAGAUUCAGGAUCAUCCUCUGUCUUUUUCUCAGAUGGACCUGUUAAGACUCCAGGGUCAGCUGAAAUCCGUACCGAUCCAUUGACCAAGUUUCCUCCUCAGUCACCCCAUUCUCACUCCCACCCAACCACACCCUUCUCCCAUGCUGGGGCCAGCCCCUUGCAGGCCUCUUCCUCAGGUUAUUCUGCUUCCGGCCCACAGGGUCCUCCUCAGGGACGGCCAGCCAGUCUUGGCCCCUUUGACAUGCAACCAGGAACUCCUGGAACCCCCAGACGGGCUCAGCAGGUUGACCCCUAUUUCAGAUCACAGCUGCAGCAGCAACAGGGUCAUUUACCACAAUCACAGCAAGGCUCUCAGGAGUCACUAGGACCUCCAGAAAGUCCUCAUUCAAGAAGUGCUGGGCUUGGGGAUUCACCCAUGUUUUCACCACCCCACAAUACCCACUAUGGAGAACCUUUAAGAAACCCGCAAGGCACAGGACGGCUGGAUUAUGGUUCUUCCCCAUCACCCUCUGCUGUUGUUUCUUCACCUGCAAGCACAGGACUGUACAGGCCUGAUAUGAGUGCACCUUCUCCACGGUCCUCCACAACUGGAAGACUGGACAUUUCCUCUGGCUCCCCUGCUGGGAUGCUGGAGUCUGGAGAUGGUUUAUUCAAAGCACCUAUGACGCCACGGAUUCACCAAGGGGAGGGUGGGGUACUCCAACCUGGAGCAUCCCCGAGUCAUCCCUCUGAAGGCUAUAGGCAGUCUCCCUCUCACACUUUUUCUGACCCCAACACCCAGCCUCCACUUACUCCAAGGCCACAGUCGGGCGACAAUUGCUCUCUUGGACCCCAGAGACACACUGUAGGUCAACAAGAACUAUGCUCUAGAGUGCCCUCCAGCCCACAGUCCCAGGGCAGCUCUCAGUCUCCCCACACUCCUGGUGGUCUCUCCAAUGAUGCUUACACUGUCCAGUCUCCUGCUGCCCCUCGUUUUCAAUCACCAGACCCUUGUUCUCAGCCACCUUCAAGACCACAGUCUAGGGACCCUUUUGCCACUAUCCACAAACCCCCUCAGCCCCCCUCUGUUGUAUCAGAGGGAACUGCAAGUUAUAAAAGUUCACCUCAUGCUAACCAGCCACCUCCACCCCAUUCCACCAGCAGUUCCAUAGGGGAUCCUCUCUCCGGUAAACCGUCAGCACCUCCAACUUUCAGUCGCAGUCCCAGCACAGGAAGCUACCAAAUAACCCAGCAGCAGAGUCAGAUGUUACAGGGUCAGCUUCAGCAACCACAGCCACAAGCUCAGCAGACUAUGGGAACAGACAGCUUCAGCUCCAGGGUGCCACCUCCUUCUGGAUCUCAAGAGCUACCAGCUGUCCGCCCUCCAGAUGCACCUCAUCAACCAGCUUUGACAGGCACUCAAGAAAUGACUGAUAUUUCAGCGGUGCAGGACCCUGCAUUAGUAGGCCUUAGCCCCUCUGAUCUGGAGAAGCAUCGACAGCGCCAGAGACUGAGGGAAUUCUUAAUCAGGCAGCAAAUGCAAAGAAAUUCCAUUAAACAAGAGAAGGAGGCAGCUGCUGCUACUGCUGGCAGUGCAUCCCCUGGUUGGUCUGGAGGAGAGAUGGGAGCCUUUCAAGACAAGGCCCACAGAGCACCACCACCUUAUCCACAGGACCGUGCUGCUUCUGCUGCUGGAGCUCAGGCUUCUGUGGCAGGGAAGAUGCCCAUGGCUGUUGGAGAUAUGGAUGAAAAGCUAAUUCACCCACCACCUACAGGAACGCCUGCUAUAAUGGACCCUAGUGCACUAAGGCCGCCAGGGCCCACCAGACCUCAGGGCAUGUUUGGCCGUCCACCAUUUCCUCCUCAGUGGCAGGGCCAGGCUCCAGGUCCAAGGAGGUUCCCCCAGCCUCCCAUGGAGACUAUGGGCAUGAGGCACAAUCUCAACCCUGCUGUCAGCAUCCAGGGUAUGGAAGGCAUGGGUAACCCUCACACCAUGAUACCAGGACCUGGAGGUGAGACCAUGCAGCCAGUGGGUCAAGGACCCCCACCGCAGUUCAUUGAAUUGAGACAUAACUCACAGAGGCUACCCCUACGACCUCAAUUUAUGCCCCGUGGACCCCAGCCCAGACCACGUCUUUUUGUCCCACAGCAAGAGAUGACAGCACCUUAUGUUCAGCAACAUCCCAUAGCUCAAGCUGGUGGCGUUCAAACAGACAGGGGCAGCAACUCACAGCUUGGGUUGCAGCAGGGUGGACUGUCAGUUUUAAUGCCCCCACAGUCUACCGGUCCAGUAACACAACAGCCCCACCUGCAGCCAGAGAUACCUACUUCCACUCCAAACAUUGUGAGCACUGAGCAGCAUCAGGUUCCACAACAAAGCAUCACAGGCCCCCAACCUACCACAGUAGUAACCAGUGAGGAGCUGCCAGAGCCUGACCUUGAGGGUCUUGGGGAUCCCCCAGGGGAUGGAGGUGUGGAGGAUGAGGAUGACUUGGCUCUAGACUUGGAUCCUGACAAAGGAGAUGAUGACUUGGGUAACCUGGACAACCUUGAAACCAAUGAUCCCCAUUUAGAUGACUUGCUUAACAGUGAUGAGUUUGACCUGCUGGCUUACACGGACCCUGAGCUGGACCAAGGAGACCCUAAAGAUGUCUUCUCGGACCAACUGCGGUUGGUGGAGGCAGAAAGUGAAGCACCUUCAUCUUCCUCUGGAUCUGUACAUGUUAAAGUAGAAGAGAAGACCAAGGUGGAGCCCGGGCACAAGGCUCUUACAACAGCCUCUGCCUCUGCUGGGGGGUCUGCUACCCACCUGCCACCCUCUGCAGAAACUGUUGAUACCUCCAGGGUCAAAGUAGAGGACAGAAGUCUGAUGCCUCAACUACAGCCUGAACAGGUUGUGGUAAAAGAUGAAAUAGGAGAGGCUGUGUCAAUGCUUCUUGGUGGGAACGCACCAUCAGCCAAGCCUGCCCAACCAGAAAACCAGUCAGCUUCACUUAGUUCUGUCCGAUUAGGGGGACUUCAGUACCCCCUGCCAAGCCAAGCAGAUUCAUUGACUUUUCCUCCAGCUGCUCCACAUGCAGAUAUUGGUGAUGAUCCGUUGGAGCUGCCUGAUGUAGGAGAACAGCACUCCCCUGCUGUAGAUUUGGCGAAGGUAGAAAGUUCUUUAGAUGGUGAACUGCCUCUUCUCAUACAGGAUCUGCUGGAGCAUGAGAAGAAAGAACAGCAGAAGCAACAACAGCUCAGUUCCCUCCACCAAGGCGGCAUGGCGCCUCAUUUUCCUGGGCUCUCAAGUCAGCAACCAAACCCACAGGCACCUGGGCACAUAAUGCUGCCACACCAUCACCGUCCACCCCAAGGAAUGAUGGCUCAGCCAGGAAUGGUGCCCCGUGCUCCGCAUAUGUUACAACAGCAACAGCAACAGCAGCAGCAACAGCAAAGACUUAUGGGAACCGGAAUGGCACCUCCACCUCACAUAGCCUUGGCACAGCAGCAAGUCAUGAUGAGGAUGGGACAGCCAGGGAUUCAUACAGGUGUCAGUCAUCAACAGCAGCCACAAGCAGUGGUUAAACAGUCACCUCUGACUAACAAUUUCUUCCCAGAAAAAGAUUUAGAUAAAUUUGCAGCUGAUGACAUCAUGGAUCCCAUUGCCAAGGCAAAGAUGGUGGCACUGAAGGGUAUCAAGCGAGUGUUGGCACAGGAUCCAAUGGUUGUACCUCCUGGCAUUAACAGACAACAAGUUUCUCUGCUUGCUCAGAGGCUGGCAUCUGCCCCAGGCACAGAGUCAAGUCAACUUACAUCUGGACCUCAGAAGGAGGGAGAAACAAGUGAUCCCACCCAGUCAAGACCCAACCCUCCCCAAUUUGUACAAGGCAUCAUCAAUGAUGCAGAACAACACCAGUAUGAAGAAUGGCUUCUUCACACACAACAGUUGCUCCAGAUGCAGUUGAAAUUUUUGGAGGAACAGAUUGGAGUUCACCGCAAAUCACGGAAGGCGCUGUGUGCUAAGCAACGUACUGCCAAGAAAGCUGGCAGGGAGUUUGCUGAGGCAGAUGCAGAGAAACUGAAGUUGGUUACAGAAGAGCAGAGCAAAAUUCAGAAGCAGCUUGACCAGGUACGCAAGCAGCAGAAGGAGCACACCAAUCUUAUUGCAGAGUACAGAAGCAAGCAGCAGCAACAUCAGCAAGGCUCAGGUCUUCUUACCCCAGGCCAUUCUGCCCAGGGAGGUCCCCCACACAUGUUUUCCAAGAUGCCUGGCCAGAUGGUGAUGGGCCAACAGGGAGCACCAGUGAUGGGUCAGCACCCAGGCAUGAUACCACAAGGUGGAAUGCCUGUCAGGAUGCCCCAAGGACAGCCCUUCCAUGGUGGAGCCCAACCCCAGCUCCCUGCAACUCUGGGAGCCAGUGGUCCAAGGGCCCCGGGUCCUCCUGGGACUCCAACAGGAUUUUUCCCCCAGGGGCCUGGAAUGCAAAGUGCAGACCCCAGGCUUCUCCAAGAAAGGCAGCUUCAGCAUAGGAUGCAGAUGGCAAAGCUCCAACAGCAGCCGAUGAUGAUGGGACAGCAACCAAUGCCACACCCAAGUAAUCAACAGUCUGGCUUAAUUGCUCAGCCACAGUCUGGUAUGAUAGGCAACCCGCUUAUGGCCCAACAACAAGCAAACCCUCAACAAGUAAUGCUAUCCAACCAGUCCAAUCAGCAGAACAUGGUACAGGUUUCACAAGGAAUGGUUGGAGGCCAGUCUGCAGCUCCACCACCACAGAACCUUGCAGGAGGUCAACCUAUUAACCAUCCGCAAAUGAUGGCAGGUCAGCCAGUUAUUAUGGCAAGCCAGCCAGUUGCACUAUCACAACAGAGGCCUCAGCUGAUGACAGGUCAGCAGGGAAUGGUUGGAUCUCCAGGUCAUCCUGGCCUUAGAGGUCCUCAGGUCCAGUUGACUCCACAGCAACAGAACAUGCUUGCCCAACGCAUGCUUGCAUCGCAGCAGCAGAAUGUUGCAAAGAAUUUGGCCCACCUUCAGCAGCAGCAGAUGACUCAGCAAAGACAACCAACACAGUUGAUUAGUCAGUCCAGCCAAGAGCAAGGGGGGCUCUCUCAACCCACUACCCCGCAGAUGGGCUCCUCACCUUCAGCAGGAAGUAUUACGCCACAGCCACAGGGAGCUACAGACAGCCAAACCUCAGGGCCUAAAGAAGGUGGUAUCCUCAGCCCUGAUUCAAGAACGCCACCACAGCAGAGUGGACCCUCCACUCCCAAUCAGGUGACCCAACUAGGCUCUGCAAAUGGUCAUCAAAUUGAACUGGGGAGGCAACAGUUAGAACAACAACAGCAGCACCAGCAACAAAACCAGGUUUAUAUGGCCCAGCAGCAACAGUCAAAUCCUCAGUCUGUACCUGAGCAACAAACAGGUUUGAUUGGAAAUGAGCAAUCCAGUGUGCAUCAACAAAAGCAGCAACAACUUCCGCUCACUCUUCAGAGACAAAGUACCCUUAGUACUGACAAGCCUAGUUUGAUUACUGUUAAAGAAGAAGGGAAACCAAUUGAGUUCUUAGCUCCACAGCAACAACAGCAAACAGUUCAAAAUGCCAUGCAGCAGUCACAAGACCCCAGCAUGCAGCAGCAGUUUGUUGGUCAGAACCAUCCUGGCCAGCCACAACCUGUUAUGAUGGGCCACAAUCCACAACAGCAAGCUCUCAUGGUCCAACAGCAAAAGCAACAGGCCAUGAUGAGCAUGAUAAGAGCUCAGCAGCAAGGGAUGAUGGCACAAAGGCCUGUGCUUUCACCUGGACAGAUCCGCACUCCUAUUAACAUCCAGGCUAUUAUUGCUCAGAAUCCUCAGCUCCGCAAUCUUCCCCCAAACCAGCAGAUCCAGCACAUCCAGGCCAUGAUUGCCCAGAGGCAGGGACAGAUGCUGCGGAUGUCAAUGGGUCAAGGCCAGCAAAGUCAGUUAAGGCCUCACAUGCCCACAGGACAGGUGUCACAGGUUGUGCAACAGAUCCCAGUUAUGGAAGGCCAACAGAUGCCAUGUGGAGCCAUGGAGAAGCCAGGAGCAGUGAGUGCUCAGCCACAGCCAGGCAUGUUAGGCCAACAACCGUCUGGUGCUCCUCAGAUACAGCAUAUGAUGAUGGUCCCUGGGCAACAACAGCCACAAGUAGGUGAGAUGAUGCAACAUGUUACGAGAGGUCACGCACCAGUGCCACCCUCUCACGUGGAUCAUGGCCGUAUAGUAAGACCAGCAUCUCCACGUCAGCCAGUGGCCAACUCUCCUGGGGAUCCACAGCGACACGCAUUUAAUCAAACUCUGGGCAUGCGUCCACCCACUCCCAACCAGAACCAACAAGCACUAAUGGUAGCUACAGCAGGCCGCAUGCAGGGCUCUCCAUCCCAUGCAUAUUCUCCAAGAGGUCCGUUUGGCAUGAGCCCAGCCCACCCGGCCUCACCCCAUUCAUCCCAUGUCUCCUCACCCUCUAUAGGUGAUAGUAGGGCAGGAAGGGGGAGUCCAUAUAGCCAAGUCAAGGCAUCUCCGCUCAGGUCACCUGGAGCCAAGAGUCCACUUGAUUCUUCUGGACUGAAAGUAGAAACUCAGACAUCAGGCAGUGAAACAUCUCAGACCACCUUGGUUAUCCCCAAUGGUCCACAGAAAGGCAUGAAUGUUCUCCAACAAUCACAACAGGUCACUGAGAGCCAUGUUCCCCAUGCCCAACAUGGCUCUAGAGUAGGGGAGCUAUCUAAGAUUACCCUAAGGAACAUUAAACAGGAACCAGGAGAGGUUCAGUGUGAUGGUGCAGCAGAGGCUCAUCCUGGGGCUGUAAAGCGAGAAACAACAGGAGAUGCAGUUUCCUCUGGGAACAACACUUGCUUUGCUGGUAACAUGGCUGGAGACCCUGGGACUCAAGGCACUAGACCUGAGACUGGACAGCAACUACUACAGAAACUUCUGAGAACCAAGAACCUUCAGCUUGGUGCUCAGAGACCUUCUGAAGGUAUCCACAAUGAGAUAAAUGGCCACAUUAACACCAAACUAGCAAUGCUGGAGCAAAAACUUCAAGGGACUCCAAGAAAUAUGGAGGAUUUGCAGUCUAUAACAAAAAGGGCUCCUGUACAAAAGCCAAAGCGUACUAAUAAGGCAGCUGGAGAUCGUGGGCCUAAUGCACGAAAGAAAAAUAAGAAGGAAGAAGUUGGAAAAAGUGCUGAAGCGCUGAUAAAGCAACUUAAACAGGGUCUCUCUUUGCUGCCCCUGAUGGAGCCUUCAAUCACUGCCAGUCUGGAUCUGUUUGCCCCCUUUGGAAGCAGUCCAGUCAAUGGCAAAGCCCAACUCAAAGGAUCCUUUGGAAACGCAGUAUUGGACAAUAUUCCAGACUACUAUUCUCAGUUACUCACCAAGAGUAAUCUCAGUAACCCACCAACACCCCCAUCCUCCCUGCCACCUACUCCUCCACCUUCAGUACAGCACAAGCUGCUGAAUGGAGUUACUCCUGGGGAGGAGCUGUCUGAGGUUCAGAAAGACACAGAGCCAGCAGAGGAGCCAAUGGAUGCUAUUAAAGAGGAGGUGAGGAGUGUAGAUAUUCUAGCAGCUCUUCCCACCCCACCACAUAACCAAAAUGAGGAUAUCAGAAUGGAGAGUGAUGAAGAGGAUGCCCCAGAAAGCAUAAUCCCAGCAUCGUCCCCUGAGAGUAAUGUAGGAGAGGAAACAUCUCGUUUCCCUCAUCUACGGGAGCCUAAAGACGAGGAGACUGAGAGAGCAAUAUCCCCCAUCAUCCCCCUCAUACCUCGCACUGCCAUCCCAGCAUUCCCAGAAAAUAAACCACUUGAAGCAAAUGACAACAAGGUUGAUUCCACAUCCAACCAUUGGGACAAGCCAAAAAGCAACGAGGUGUCUGUUACCUUGACUUUAUCCUCUGCUGCAGCCAAGAAAUUGAACCAUGUGAUGAUGGCCAUGACCCAGCUGCUUAACAUUAGGAUGCCAGGUUCUUAUGAGGUGACUUUCCCUCCCCAAAACCCAGACGUUUCUGGAGCUGAUGGUCCUGGGAAAGGACCUGGCCAGUCAGGGGCUCUGUGUACAAAGGACGGUGCAUCACCAAGUCAGGAUGAGUGGCUAAGGCAAUUUGAUGUAUCUCUACCAGGCUGUACAUUGAAAAAACAAGUGGACAUUCUGGCACUUAUUAAACAGGAAUUCCCAGAAAAGGAGGACAAACCGGUCCAGCACUGUUACACAACCAAUGUAAAUGACUUGGAUGUGCGCCACCUUCCUCAUAUGCCAGUGGAGGAAUCUCCACCUCCAUCACCAUCCCCUCCCCAACCUCCCCCAUCUGUCCUGGUUCCAUCUAGUGAAGCUGAACCUUCGAAAAAAUCAGCUUCUCCAUCUCCAUCUCCCUCCAGUCCCACCAAUGUCCAGAUGAACACUGAGCCUGAACAGGAUGUUGGUCCUCCCAUUGAUGCUGCUGAACCUACUGAUGUCAGAGAGUCUGAAGUUGUUGCUCCAGAGUCAGUCACAGAUUCAGCAACUGUCUGCGCAGUCCCAGAGCCUGCUGAAGAUCACCUGAGUCCUGCUUCCAAGGAGGAGGACUCCACUGCUGGUCAAGUGCAACCUCCUGAAGAUUCUUCCAACAACAUAGAGUCUUCCCCUAAGGCUGUGAAACAACGCAGGCCUCUCUCCCCUGACGAGGAGGUGUUGCAUCCCAAAGUGAAAAAAUGGAAGGGGAUUCGCUGGAAGCGUCUUCAGAUUGUCAUUUCAAUACGUAAGGGUGGUUCUAAAAAAGAGAGCAGUCGUGAGGUGUCUGAACUAAUGGAACGCCUGCGCAUUACUCUUCGACCCGACAGGCUCCCUCGGGAUAAACGUAAAUGCUGCUUUUGCCACGAGGAAGGUGAUGGAGCCACAGAUGGGCCUGCACGAUUGCUUAACAUUGAUGUGGACCUCUGGGUGCACCUCAACUGUGCCCUAUGGUCCACAGAGGUUUAUGAGACACAGGGGGGUGCUCUUAUCAAUGUGGAGGUAGCACUGCGCCGCGGAUUGCGAACUCUUUGCGCAUACUGCCAGAAAACUGGUGCCACCAACAGCUGCAACAGACUGCGCUGCCCAAAUGUCUACCACUUUGCCUGUGCCAUUCGGGCACGCUGCAUGUUCUUCAAGGACAAGACCAUGUUAUGCACCCAGCAUAAGCUGAAAGGCCCCAGUGAAGAUGAACUCAGUGCGUUUGCUGUUUUACGGCGCGUCUACAUUGAGCGUGAUGAGGUGAAGCAGAUUGCCAGCAUCUUACAGCGAGGUGACCGUGUCCACCUCUUUCGUGUUGGCGGUCUCAUCUUUCAUGCUGUUGGCCAGUUACUACCCUCCCAGAUGGCAAACUUCCACUCACCCACUGCCAUCUUCCCUGUUGGCUAUGAGGCCACGCGCAUCUACUGGAGUAUGCGUCUGCCCAACAAGCGCUGUCGCUACCGCUGCCGCAUCAGUGAGGAUGAAGGUCGCCCCUUGUUUGAGGUGCGUGUUCUGGAGCAUGGCAUGGAGGAUUUGCAUUUUCGAGACUCAACUCCAGAAGGUAUCUGGGAACAGAUAGUUCAGCAGGUGGCUAAACUUCGAGAUGAAUCAUCCAUGUUGAAGCUGUUCACUGAACAUGUCAAGGGAGAGGAGAUGUAUGGCCUCACAGUUCAUGCUGUCAUGCGUAUAACUGAGUCGUUGCCCGGAGUGGAGAACUGCCAGAACUACCAGUUCCGCUAUGGCCGCCAUCCUCUGAUGGAGCUUCCUCUUAUGAUCAAUCCCACUGGCUGUGCUCGCUCUGAGCCCAAGGUUUCCACACAGUGCAAGAGACCUCACACUCUAAAUAGCACCAGCGUGUCAAAGGCCUACCAGAGUACCUUCACUGGAGAGCUCAACACACCAUACAGCAAGCAGUUUGUCCACUCCAAGUCGUCCCAGUAUCGGCGCCUGAAGACUGAGUGGAAGAAUAAUGUGUAUCUGGCACGAUCCCGCAUUCAGGGCCUGGGCUUGUACGCUGCAAAAGAUCUAGAGAAGCACACCAUGGUCAUUGAGUACAUUGGCACUGUCAUACGCAAUGAGGUGGCCAAUCGGCGUGAGAAGAUAUAUGAGUCACAGAACCGCGGCAUCUACAUGUUUCGCAUCAACAAUGAACAGGUGAUUGAUGCCACUCUGACAGGUGGCCCGGCUCGAUAUGUCAACCACUCCUGUGCCCCAAACUGUGUUGCAGAGGUUGUAACGUUCGACAAAGAAGACAAGAUCAUUAUCAUUUCCAGCCGCAGGAUCCCCAAGGGAGAGGAGCUGACCUAUGACUACCAGUUUGACUUUGAGGACGAUCAGCACAAGAUCCCUUGCCACUGUGGAGCCUGGAAUUGCCGAAAGUGGAUGAACUAACUGGAGGAAAGAAAAUUGGAGAAGUCCCUUCUCACUGGUGCCAGAACACUCCCUGCGCCAAAGCCUUUGAAUCCUACAUAGCCAGUGCAUAAGCUGUUCUGAAAGACAUGGAGGACGGCAGGCCUCCGACAUUGAAAGACUAAAGCGUUGACACCUGUAGCCAAAGGUUUGAAGAGCAUUAAUCAAUAAAAGCAACCGACCACCUCCGUCAACAGCAGCUUGAUGGUGGGACUAACUUUCAUGUUUGGACUAGUGUAUCACCCUUUCCUCAACCAAAACCCUUUCCCCGUUGACUGUCCUCAAUAAGCUUACAGUGGCUGGAAAACAAUCCUCAACAUUUACCAAAUGAUUCUGACCCUCGGAUAUCAAUACUCGUAGUGCAGAGCUCACCUGGAGCUUCGACAAAAAGCCAUUUUAAAAUACUAAGAAUGAACUAAUGAUGCAUUUUUAUGUUCGAAGUCGGACCUAUUUCCUGUCGCACCUGUCCCACACCUCCCCCUCGCCUCUCAGAAAAAGGCACUUUCCCCAUCAAGUCAUCAAUGAAGACAAGAAUAUUUGGCUAGCUAGACAAUCUUGAUGUGGCUCUCUGAGAACUACACAUGAUCGAUGGAGGACAAAAAAAAAGAAAAGAUGUAAAUUAAUAUAAAAUUUGAGACGUUUUUGAUCUGUGGCUCCAGGGGCACCAUAUGUUGUGAUUGUGUGGAGUCCUAAGGUGGGUUAGUUGGACCCAGUCUACCUCAUUGAUUUAGCGGGAAGUGACUGCUUUGUAUAAAAACUGCUACUGUGGAACGGGGGGCGGGGGAAGGGGGAAUGUUUUUAUGGGCUUAGCCUUCUCGGACAAGCAGGGAAUCUUAAGCAGCAGGUUUGCUCUAUCUACUCUAUGCUGAUGAUGAUUUACAAUAAUGAGCCAACAUAAUUAUUAUUCAUGAAUUGUUUAUACAGAGGAAAUAUAUGACAGUUUUGAUAAGAUAUUGCAUUAAAAUCAUAAUCACAAGCUUAGCGGGUGUCCUGUAUGCCACCAAAUCAUCCUGGAUAUCGAUGUAGCUUUUUCUUUUUUUUCAUUUUCAUUCUCUCUAUUUAUCUCAAAACUAUGUUAUUAGCUGUGUGAAAGCACAAUAACAUCAACCUUUUUAAGUUGCAGUAAUGUUGUGAGUGAAUGGCUCUAGGAUGACAGGACGCUUAGUCUUUGAAGAAGAAAAAGAAGAAGACUUUUCCACAAUUAACCAAGUACACAUUUGCUUGCUGCUUCAUACAUUGAAGAUCCACCUGUUGAAAACCAGCUGGUGGAUGCAUGACUACUGUCCCCUUAUAUCCUUUUUAUCCUCCCAACAGGUCGAUCUUUUCAAAACUCAAUCUUAAACUUUGAAUCAUGCCUCUUCCUCUCUGUAUUAUGUAGUGGACUGUUGUUUAACUUUACUGUAGUAAGUCUUCCUCUGCCUGAGUACAGCCUGCAGUGUUUCUACUUCCCCUGUAGUGUGCUUUUCUAGUGCUGGUACUGUCCUCUUGAGGUUGAACUGAUGGCAGGGAAAGACUUAUUGGAAAAAAAGGGCAUUUGUUUUCAUUUCUAUGUAAGAUGAAUGAAAAAGUCUUUAAAGGGAGCUUUACUAAAACUCCACCUUCUCAUACUAUGUUUCCUCUCUCCCUUAACCUAAGACCUCACAUGAUUUAAAAUGCAAAAUUGUACAAACUGUAUAUAUAGUAUAUGCAUUAGGGGACAGCAACUCUUUAUCCAGCCCCUUUGUAAUCAACAAAGUCAAAAGUGUAGAGAAAUAAAAUUGGGAAAAAAAAUCAACCACUGGAUAUCAUUUUAACAAAGAUAAAGCUGUAUAUAAAUAUAAAUAUAUGUAAAAUGGCAAACUAAUAUCUUUAUGUAUAUGAACCAGAGUGUUUUGCAUUCACCUGUUUUUCUAUUAGUGUUUUUGCUAUAAGCUCUCAGAGACAAGUUUGUUAAAAUAGGUAUGAGAAAAUGUCUAGUCUUCUCCAAUCAAUUGCGACGAGAAGCUGAUGUGAUUAUAAAAACUGUUUGGAUUCAUGUGGAGGGUUGUUAAUUAGAGAUGAAAAUCACUUCUUGCGUAAAGCAGUACAAUGGUGCAUAGCAUUUGUAUUUAUGUAAUAUUGUUCCUUAUUUUUCUUUUUAUUUAUGCUACUGCUUGUUGAUUACCAAAACCUGUCCCUUAAUCGGUCACAAUUGGAUUAAUAUACUCUUGAAUGGAAAAUCUUGAAUUCCCUAGGAUAUUGUUAGUGUUUUUGCUUUUUUUUUUAUAUCUUCCCUAUAGAAGUGAAUGUGUUGGUAAACCUCGUGAAAUGGUUACUUGGCCUAAUGUAUGUUAUGAUGUAAUACUCAAAGUUAAUCCCAUACUUAACCUGGUAAUGAAUUGCACUCUCAUAGUAUAAUGGAAAACCUCUCUCAAGUGGUAGAUAUUGAUCAAGUAUCCGAAGCAGUGAUAUAUCUAUAUAUAUCUAUAUAUAUAGAUAUAUAUAUUUUUUUUGGGGUAUGUUUCUAUUUCAAGGGAAGACCGUGACGAGACAUGAUGCCGCUCACUGGAUUUUAGCCUGAAUAAUUUUUAACUUCUCUGAAUCUUAAUUUAAGUUCUCUGCAUAUCUUAUAAUUUAAUAAAGUUUGCUCAAAUUGAAGGGUUUUUUUUAACCUCACCUACUUUUUAAAAAGAUAUUGCAUCUGUACAGCAGAGAUACUUUUAGGGAAUAUGAAUAAAUAUAAUGAUCAUUUUUAUUGUAUGUGGCAUGUUUUGUAUGGAUAUUAUUUUGAAUUGUACAUAUUUUUUUCAGGAUGCCAGAGGUUGCAUCUCUUUAUAUACAGCUUUCCUGCUCCCUUUCCCCUUCAUCUUAUUUCUUUGUCUGCUUUUGUUUCUUGUAAAGGAAAAUAAAAUGCAUUUUAAAUAUAA